CCUGUAUGUGGUUAAUAUAUCGCCACCGGAUAUGACGAAUGCGGAAGUCUAAAUGAGGAGGUUGAGUUAUGUCGAUGAUUAAAAUAAUGGAGAAUAAUUGUAAAUAUCUCGGAAACCAAACAGACAACCGGUAUCGAAUGAAAACAGCGUUACUCUGAGCCUUCUGUCUGUCUCUGUUUCUAGCUCAUCUAAUGUGGAGAGUGAGUUUUGCUGACUCUACGUGGCUGAUAUGGCAUCAUCCAUCCAGAUGUGGAUCAGCCUCUAUCCACUACUGUUCCUCACUACAUUCCCCCUGUGUGGCCGUUCCUCGUCCUUUCCCUCUUCUUCCUGCGGACCAGGCCGAUCCUGGGCUGUCCGUCUGAACUCAGGCUCUGUAAAAGGAGAGCUGUUUGAUAGACUGGCUCAGACUGUAGCCGAUGACGUGGGGCUGGAGAAUCAUGGGCAGAUCGGGCAGCUGGAGGGACAUUACCUGCUGUGUCAGGGGCCAGGAGACUCAGAGGAUAUGGACUCACGUUCGACCGAGGCAGCUCUGGAUAAAAACGCUCAUGUGGUUUGGCACUCGCAGGAACACAUCCUGAGACGAUCUAAGAGAAGUGUGACAUUCAACGAUCCCAAAUAUCCAAUUCAGUGGCACUUGCACAAUGAUGAGAAACAUGGCAUGGACAUCAACGUGACGGGUGUCUGGGAACGCAAUAUCACAGGGGUUGGGGUCACGGUGGUCGUAGUGGAUGAUGGGGUCCAGCACAACUUGGUCGAUAUUCAGCCCAAUUAUAGUCCUGAGGGUAGUUAUGAUUUGAACUCGAACGACCCGGACCCCAUGCCCCACCCUGAUGGCCACAGUGACAACCAUCAUGGCACCCGAUGUGCAGGAGAGAUCGCUGCCGUGUCCAAUAACGGCUUCUGUGCUGUCGGGGUGGCAUAUGGCGGCAAAGUGGCAGGCAUCAGAGUUUUGGAUGGACCACUCACGGACAGCAUGGAGGCUGUGGCUUUUAAUAAGCAUUACCAAAUAAACGACAUCUACAGCUGCAGUUGGGGACCAGAUGAUGAUGGGCGUACAGUUGAUGGACCUCAUCCCUUGGGCAAGGCGGCACUGCAGCAUGGAGUUAUAGCCGGCAGGAAAGGUUUUGGCAGCAUCUUUGUUGUUGCCAGUGGAAAUGGAGGACAAUAUGAAGAUGACUGCAACUAUGAUGGCUAUGCUAAUUCCAUCUACACAGUCACUAUAGGGGCAGUGGAUGAGAACGGUAGGAAGCCGUUUUAUGCAGAAGAGUGUGCGUCCAUGCUGGCUGUCACCUUUAGCAGUGGAAGCAGACCGCUACGCAGCAUAGUGACUUCAGACUGGUCACUACAGAGUGGCACAGGUUGCACAAGUGAACACACAGGCACCUCGGCAGCUGCACCGUUGGCUGCAGGUAUGGUGGCUUUAAUGCUGCAGGUGCGACCGUGUCUGAGCUGGCGUGAUGUUCAGCACAUCAUUACCUACACAGCAGUACAGCAUGGCACACAGGCUGAUUGGAAAACUAAUGGUGCUGGUUUUAACCACAGUCACAAGUUUGGCUUUGGGCUUCUUAAUGCAUGGAGACUCGUCAACGCGGCCAAGGUUUGGGAGUUUGUGCCAUUUUUGGUGUCCUACCAGAGCCCAGUUUUAAAAGUGAAUGACGUCAUUCCAGGCUAUCGCGAAAACCUUACUGUCACUUGGAAUG